AUGAUCACCAGCAACAAGUACCCUGGUCUAGAAGUUGCCGUUCAUGUUAACGACCGGCCAAUACAGGAGUACGAUGAUGAUGAUGACGAGAACCCUCCAUCAAACACCGUUACAAAAUACAUCGAAGCUAAAUCAGGAGCUGGAUUUGCUGUGAUAACCACCUUCAAGCCGCCCUUCUCUCCACCUCAUGGAGUCAUGAUAAGUCUUAUUGUCGACGGUAGUCCAGUGACUUCCCGGUGUUGCCGACAAGACGAGCUCUUCGGUCGCGUAUUUAAUAUGCAUGCUGUUCAUCGGAAGAUUGAUGGGGAAUGGGUGAUGCAGAAGCUUCACUUCUCAGAGAUUGACAUUGUGAAAGAAGCACAUGCGGUAGCACCGAAUUCCACAGAUGUCAAGCAUGCUCUAAUUAGCAAAGGACAGAUUACACUCUUGCUUCACUUUGUAAAGGAUAUCAAAGAGAUAGGGUCGGAUGAGUACUGGGAAAGAAAUGUCGAACUCACACCACUUGAUGAGAUUCCAGAGAAAGCGCUGAAAGGAAAUGCGCUCUCACACCAAGCAGCUCUCGCAGAGAAAGAGCCAUUCGCAAUAUUUCAUUUCAAAUACAGAUCUCUUGCGAGCCUAAAGGCCCUGGGAAUAGUGCCCAGAGAUGAAGCCAUGACGGUUCCGCUAGAGGACAGACCAGAAGAAGAACUCACUCCAGACGAGCUGAGAGAACUAGUUCGCCGCAUGAGACAACGAGAAAUGCAAAGCAAUCUCAUCAAGAAAGAGACAACAAACAGAGGCUCGAUCGAGCAUGAACAGAUCACCGACGAUGACGAGGCCUCUGCAGCUUAA